GAAGCAGAGUUAAAAAAUGGUGAUCCGAGCUUUCCUCAUGUAACGUGGCUUAGAGUACCGUCGCUAAGUUGACCUCAGCUAAUAUUACUUGGUUUUGCCAAUACGUUUUUGUGAUUAGUGAAUAUUAUUUCAUUAUUUUUAUGUAAUAUAUAAGCUGUUAUGUAUUUUAUUUCUGUUUACGUAAGCCUUCUUGAACCUCUAUGCAGAAUGGCCGCUGUGAUACGUGGUCUGCCAUUUUGAAAUCGUAAUCGUACAUCUGAUGCGGUGCUCACAUGAAAUUUUAACUCAUUUCAUAAUACAUUUGAUGCUUAUUUUUUGUUAUAAUAAGCAAAUUUGCGUUAUUAAGGAUAAUAUUUAUUGUGGAAAAAGGUGUUUCAGCGAAAUUCUAAACUAAAUAUGGAUGAGAAUGAAAAUCUAUUAUCUUUAUGUGAAAGAGAUCCAUCUAGAAAUGAAGGUCAUCCUUCUGAUGUAAAUAAGGAUGUAUCACCAAAAAAUGAAUCACAUGACUCUCCUGAAGAAAAUUCAGCUAGUGAUUCAGACUCCGAUUCAAGCUCGGGAUCAGAAUCUCAGUCAGGCAGGUCUGGGUCUGAUUCAGGAUCAGAAGGGGAAAAAUCAAAUUCUGAUAACAAAUCGAAGAAAAGUUCAAAUUCUGGCUCUGAUAGUGGUGGAUCCAACUCUGAUAGUGAGUCAGGAUCUGAAUCAGAAAGGGAAAGUAUAGCAUCUUCAAAAGAGAAAAAGAUUGCUGAAUCAAAUUCUGAAAAUGAAUCUGCUCCUAGUGAAGGCGAUGGGGAUAAUAAAAGUUCUCCUGAUAAUACUAGCGUAAAACCACCAAAACAUAGCGACAUAAAACGUUCUCCUAAAGGCAAAAAAGAUUUAGAUGACUUAAAACAUCUUUGGGAAGAAAACCCUGAAGAAUUUGGAAUUAGGCGAUCAGGACGUUCCAGAAAGGAACCUGAGAGAUAUACUAUAGGAGAGGAUUCUGAAGGAAGUGACAGUGGUAGAAAACCAAGUGAUUCGAGGACAGCGAAACAGCGCUCUAAAAGAAAAGAUUCACAAGAAUGGAGAGAUUCAGAUGAUAGUGGUAGUGAAAGUGAGGAUGGUACCUAUAAAAAUAGAAGAGUGCCAGCUAGGAACAGAAGUGCAACUGAAAAAAAAAGAGCUGUAAAAUCAAAUUCUGAUAAGAGCAGGAAAAGUAAACAGCGAAAGAAAAAGCAAAGUUCUUCAAAUGAUGAUGAUGACGAAUAUUAUGAUUCUGAUAGCAAUGAAGAGAAGAAAGUGUCCUUAAGACAAACUAGGAAAAAAGUCAGUAGUUACAAAGAACAGAGUGCAGAUGAAACAGAUUCAGAAGAUCUUAUAGAAGUAGAAUAUGAUGAGCAGAUGCUGGAAGAAGAAACAGCAGAAUGCAUAGAAAAAGUUCUUGAUCAUAGAAUAGGAAAAAAAGGAGACGGACUUGGAAAAGCUACUGGAGCUUCUACUACUGUUUAUGCUGUUGAUGACUUCGGAAAUCCUAAUGAUGAAAAUGCAACAGAAACUGAAGAACAGUUUUUAAUUAAAUGGAAAGGAUGGUCCUAUUUGCAUAACACUUGGGAAUCGGAGGCAACUCUUAAAGAGCAAAAGGUUCAAGGCUUAAAAAAAUUGGAAAAUUACAUUAAGAAACGAGAGGAGAUCAAAGAGUGGAAAUCACAUGCUACACCAGAAGAUUUAGAAUAUUAUGAGUGUCAGCAAGAACUGUCUUCUGAAGUACGAGACCAGCACAUGAACAUGGAAAGAAUUAUUGCUCAUGGACCAUCCAAAAGUGGAGAUGGCACAGAGACUGAGUAUUUCUGCAAAUGGGUUGGAUUGCCAUACUCAGAAUGUACAUGGGAGGAAGGCAGUUUAAUAUCAAAAAAAUUUCAACACAAAAUUGAUGAAUACUUUGUACGUCAAAAGAGCCAAAAAAUACCUAGUAAAGUGUGUAAAGCUUUAAAAUUCCGUCCUAAAUUCAUACCUUUGAAAACACAGCCAAAAUAUGUUGGUGGGCCUAAUGGUUUAGAACUUAGAGAUUACCAGCUAGAUGGACUCAACUGGUUAGCUAAUUCAUGGUCAAAAGAGAAUAGUGUGAUAUUAGCAGAUGAAAUGGGCUUAGGAAAAACUAUCCAAACCAUUAGCUUUUUAAAUUACUUGUUUAAUCAGCAUAAUCUAUAUGGUCCUUUCCUGUUAGUUGUUCCUUUAUCAACAAUGACAUCAUGGCAAAGAGAAUUUGAACAGUGGGCACCAGAAAUGAAUGUUGUUGUUUAUCUUGGUGAUGUGAGCAGCCGUGGUUUGAUACGCCAGUAUGAAUGGUGUCAUCCUGGUAACAAGAGGCUGAAAUUUAAUGUUCUGCUGACUACGUAUGAAUUGCUUUUGAAAGAUAAAAGUUUUUUGUCAGGGAUCAGUUGGGCAGUUCUUGGAGUAGAUGAAGCUCAUCGUCUAAAAAAUGAUGAUUCUCUUUUGUAUAAGUCAUUAUUUGAAUUUGAUACAAAUCAUCGUCUACUGAUUACAGGAACUCCUCUUCAGAAUUCUUUGAGAGAAUUGUGGGCACUUCUUCAUUUUAUCAUGCCACAAAAAUUUAUCUCUUGGGAGGAAUUUGAAGAAGAGCACAAGGAUACAGCAGAUAAAGGUUAUCCUAAACUUCACAAGCAGUUAGUUCCCUUUCUUCUGAGAAGAGUGAAAAAAGAUGUUGAAAAAUCAUUGCCUGCAAAAGUUGAACGUAUACUCAGAGUCGAGAUGACCUCUGUACAAAAGCAGUUUUACAAAUGGAUUCUAACAAAGAAUUAUAAGGCUUUAAGUAAAGGAUUGAAAGGCAGCGUUUCAAGUUUUUGCAAUAUAAUGAUGGAGCUUAAAAAGUGCUGUAAUCAUGCUAUGUUAGUGCGGUCAGUAGAUAACCCAAAUAACUUGGAUUAUUUGCAGCUUCUUAUUCGAAGUAGUGGUAAAAUUGUGCUCCUAGACAAGUUGCUUUGUAGGUUAAAAGAAACUGGCCAUCGAGUUUUAAUAUUCUCUCAGAUGGUUAGAAUGCUUGAUAUUUUAAGUGAAUAUUUACAGCUAAGGCAUUUUUCAUUUCAGCGUUUGGAUGGCUCUAUUAAAGGUGAACUACGAAAGCAAGCUUUAGAUCAUUUCAAUGCGGAAGGAUCUCAGGACUUCUGUUUUUUGUUGUCUACAAGGGCUGGAGGCUUAGGUAUCAACCUUGCUACGGCAGAUACUGUUAUAAUUUUUGACUCUGAUUGGAAUCCUCAAAAUGAUUUGCAAGCUCAAGCAAGAGCACAUCGAAUAGGACAGAAAAAUCAGGUUAAUAUUUAUAGACUUGUCACCAAAAAUAGUGUGGAAGAGGAUAUCAUUGAACGAGCUAAAAGAAAAAUGGUGCUUGAUCAUCUAGUCAUACAACGCAUGGAUACAACUGGUCGCACUAUUAUGUCAUCUAAUAAAACUCCUUCUAGCAAUGCCACUCCAUUCAACAAAGAAGAACUUGCUGCUAUACUAAAGUUUGGUGCUGAAGAAUUGUUUAAAGAAACUGAAGAAGGUGAUGAAGAACCACAGGUUGAUAUUGAUGAAAUAUUGAGCAGAGCUGAAUACAGGGAAGACCAGCCCAUGUCAGUUGGGGAAGAAUUAUUAUCUGCAUUUAAGGUUGCAAGUUUUAAUUUUAAUGAAGAAGAAGUAAGUAUGCAGAGUGUUGGUGAUGCAAAAGAUCAGUCGAAUGAAAAAGAAUGGGAUGAAAUAAUUCCAGAAAAUGACAGGAAAUUAAUUGAAGAGGAAGAGCGGGAAAAGGAAGAAUUAGAAAUGUAUUUACCUCCUCGAAGUAGAAAAUUAGUUAAAAGGGUAUCAAAAAAUUCUGAUAGUGAUGCCAGCAAAGGAGAUUCUGGCAGUGGCUCAGAAAAAGAUGAUUCAGAUGAAGAUAAGCCACGAAAAAGAGGCAGACCACGUAUUGUACAGCGAGAUGGUGUUAAAGGUUUUACAGAUGUAGAAAUUAGAAGGUUUAUUAAGAGCUAUAAGAAGUUUUCUGCACCUUUGAAAAGAUUAGAAGCCAUUGCCAUGGAUGCUGAACUUCAAGAAAAACCUCUUGCUGACCUGAAAAAAUUGGGUGAAUUAAUUAGAACAGGUGUAGAAAACGCAAUGAAAGAACAAAAAGAUAAAAAGGAGGUUAAGGAUGAAGAACCUGUUGUGAAGAAACGGGGAAGAGAACGUGGCCCAACAUUUAAAGUUGGAGGUGUUUCUGUGAAUGCAAAAACAAUAUUCUCAUGUGAAAGUGAGCUGGAGCCACUUGAUAUUAUUCUGCCUUCUGAUCCUGAGGAAAGGAAAAAAUGGAUUUUGAAAGAACACUGCAAAGAUGCGCACUUUGAUGUACCUUGGACUAUUGAAGAUGAUUCUAAACUUCUUCGAGGUAUAUAUGAAUAUGGCAUGGGAAAUUGGGAAUCAAUUAAAAUGGACCCAGGGCUCGAAUUAGGUGAUAAGAUUUUACCAGAUGGAGAACAGAAACCUCAAGUCAAGAAUCUCCAAACUCGUUGCGAUUAUUUGCUAAAAAUUCUCAAAAAAAUGACUCUGGUUAAACCAGGACAGGAAAUACCUAAAACCAAACGAGGCCGUAAACCAAAAGCUGACAAAGUUGUGUUAAGCAAAGCAAUUAUUGAAAAUGAUGAUAGUGAUGCUUCUGUUAAGUCUACUUCGACGAAGGAUAACAAAAUACGUAAUAAAAAGCCAAAAAUAGAAAUCUCUGAAGAUAAACCUACUAAAGAAAACACUUCCAUGGCUUCAAAACCAAGUAAUUUAUCUGACUCUGAAAUCCCAUCUAAAAAGAAAAAGAAGGAAAAGUCAGAAAAAUCUAAAAAGAAAGUUUCUGAGGAAAAAGCUGCUGCAUCUCAAGUUGUUAAAGAAAAGAAAAAGAAAGUACCUCCUGUCAUGCAUUAUACAGCUAAUGCAGAACCUCAGAUAAUUGAUGAUACUGAAAAAGAGCUGGAUGAUGAUAUAUUCAUUGAAUGCAAAGAGCAGAUGCGACCCGUAAAGAAAUAUCUCAUGAGGCUUGAUAAAAGUAAACUAGAAGAGUUUAAUGCAGAUGAAAGAGAGAAAAGAUUUGCUCAAUACUUACUAAAAAUUGGACGCAAAAUAUCAGAAAUUUUGAAAGGUUACAAGGAUCCUGAGAAAGUCAAAGCAUGGAGAAGUUAUUUAUGGAUAUUUGUUUCAAAAUUUACUGAGCAAAAUGCCAAGCAAUUGUAUAAAAUAUAUCGUCAGUCAAUCAAAGAUAUGGAACUUGUUCAUCGUGCUACUGAAGUAAAGAAAAAUGACAGCAAAAUGGAAAGAAAAUCCAUACUUGAUACUAGUCCAAAGAAGCAAGUGCCUGAUAAGCAAAGCAGUAAACAUAGACUGCAGGAAAAUCCUAGGAAAAGAACAUUAUCUGAAGAUUCAAGCAAAAAAGGUGAACGGCCAUUGAAAAAAAAGUAUACUGAUAAUCAUCCUGAAAGGAGAGAAAGUUUUGCUGAUAAUCGAAGUACAGACAAAGGCAUCUUACCCCAGAAAAGUCCAACUAAUAGUUAUUCAGUACCUCAUCAUCAUAGCUAUGCCAAUCACAGAGAUAAUGUUCCAAAAAUGAAAGGUGAUCGUUGGAAUAAUUCGUCCUACUCUGGCAAUUGGUCCAAAGAUAGGUAUUCCAAUGAAUAUAACAAAAGGGAUCAUUACAGAAAUUAUCCAAGAGAUGAUGGAAACAGCUUUCAAAGAGGAAAACCUCAUAGAAGCCAUAGUGAUUAUCCAUAUCCUCAAGAUCGUCAUACUAAUAGGUAUCAUCCAGCAGGCCAGCAUGGUGGAGGAUUUUCUCAUUAUGGCAUGCGACCACCUCAUUAUGGUUUGCAGCAACCUCCUCCUGCUCAUAGUGGAUACAAUUAUGGACCAGUGCCACCAGUUCAUUCACCUAAUAUGGGCUCGCAGCCUCCACCUCCCGGUAUAGUUGAACAUCCAGUUGACUCAUAUGGGUCAUACCAAGGACAUGCUGAUUCUUGGAGAAGGAGAAGCAAUGAACGCCAUAAAGACCACAGUUCGAGUGAUUAUAAAUCAAAAAAUUAAACGUUUUAUACUAGUCUGUACAUAUAAAUAUGGAUGCUGUUAAAAAUGUCUUCAUAAUAAUGGACGGCUUGGAAGCAGUUGUAUUAUAUAACAUUAUAUAUGAAGCUAUAUGUAAAUGUACAUAUUCAGGGACAUGAAGGCCGAUCCAUGGAAACUGUGAUGUGGUCAAUCAGCCACUACUCAUUCAUUAGCAGUGUAUAAAAUAACUCAUUUUCAUACCAUUAAAUCUCAUUACUUAGAAAUAUGUGAAUUCUCCACCUAAAUAUGUAUGAAUUUUUCAUCAAACAGUGUAAAUAAUAAAUUAAUGCUUUCCAGUU